AUGGAAUUAGAAGAAGCUAUAUUUUGUCAUCCAAAUUCAAGCAUUGAUAGAGUGCUUUCAAGGAUCGGCUUUGGGAGAUACCAGCUUUUGGUUCUUUGCCUUUGCGGAUCCUUUCUAAUGGCAGAAGGAGCAGAGCUUCUUAUCGUCACCCUGAUGUCUUCAGUUCUCCAAAAAGAAUGAAACCUAAGCCUCGAGGUCGUAGAAUUCAUGGGAGGAGUCCUAUUUCUCGGCACCGCAAUUGGGACUUUAAUUGCUGGGCCUCUCGGAGACGCAUUUGGUAGAAGAAAAUGCAUGAUAUACUCCUCAAUUCUAUACUCAAUUUUCGCAGUAGUCUCCGCUUUUAUGCCUGACAUAUGAGCAUUCAUAUGCACAAGAUUUUUUUUAUCAGUGUCCAUAGGUGUUUUAGUCCCAAUUGGAACCACUUUGAUUGUAGAAACAGGUGUAGAAAACUCUAGAGGGUUAAUAGUCCUAGCAGGACAAUUGCUUUAUCAAGUCGGAACAAUGAUGGUUGGCCUCUUAGGUCUAGCAUUAGUCCCAAAGCUCGAGCCUCUCUAUUGGAGAGAACUUCUACUUAUAGCAGCUUGACCAGCGUUUUUCAGCACAAUUUUGCUAAUUUUCUUAUUGGAUGAAAGUCCAAGAUGGCUUUCGAUGAACGAAAAGCAUGAUAAAUGUGUAAAAGUUUUAAACAAAAUUGCAAGAAUUAAUAACGCAAGAAGAUUGGCAAGAGAAGAAAUUGAAGCGAUUGAACUUAUUGAAAAAACUGAAGUGGAAAACCAUUUAGAUAGGCUUGGGAUGAUAUUUGGAGGCGACUAUCUCCGGAUAACGUUACAAGGAUUUUUCUUAUGGUGGUCAAUUGGAUUUUUAUAUUAUGGGUGUGUAUUUAUUUUGCCAAGAACUCUGGGGGGUGAGUCAGAUGGAGAUGUCUUAACUGAUCUCGCAGUGAUGAGUGUCGCACAGUCUCCACUUUCUUUAAUCCCUAUGUUUUUGAUAGAGCAAGACAAGUUUGAUAGAAAAAAUUUAAUAGUGAUAGUGUGUGCUUUUCAUUUAGCAACUUCUUUGCUAUGUUCAUUCAAUUUUAACAACUCAUUUUAUUAUGUCUGUAUAUCAGGCUUGCAAAUCUGUGGAAUGGUAAACAGCGACGUUAUAGUUCCCUAUACAAAUGAAUUAUACUCAACAACAGUCAGAACGACUGGAUAUUCUUUAUGCUUUACCUUUAUGAAUGUCGCUGCUAUUUUAUCCCCAUUCAUUCUGUUAACACUUCAUCAUAUGAAUCCUAUGUAUCCUUACUACGCAUUCUCUUGUGUAGCAGGUCUCAAUCUUAUAAAUGGAAUUUUUUUGAAAAAGGAAUCAAACCUUGGAUCCUUGGAUACUUUUAUAUAGCCCCUUAAAUAUUUUAGAUCAUUAUUGGCCAUCUAUUUUAAUUUCCAAAAUUAAUUUGUACUGUCAGCUUUUUUGAAAAGUCAAAACGAAAAUGACAGAUCUCCGUUUAUGGUUUUAAGGUGCCUAAAUCAGACUUAUACUGUAUAAGGCAGGUGUCCUGCACCAUAUUUUCUGGUCGGUAUUCUGCUGGGGUAUAGAGAUCUAUAAAGCUGCAUGAGCUAUAGUUAGUGUCAAUUAA